CAGCCACAGCACUGGACUGCAGUGUCUCCAUGGUAACCAAGCCACUAGAACAUGAUUUAACUUUUCUCGCUGCCUCUGCACGGCAGACACACUAAACAGCUCAUAUUCUAGCAAUCUCUGCCUCCUUUACAGGAAAUUCAAGAAGCUCAUGUGCAUGCUUCCCACCACAAUUGCGACAGUCAAGCGAACCCAUCUAGAAACCCAUCAACCUCGGGACACACUCCUGACUUGAUUGAUGCAAUUAAUGUUCCACUUUUAAAUAGUAAAACAAGCAUUCAAAUGAACAAAUCCCUCCUGUCGUUUUACAAGAUAUAAACCUCAGUAACAGUUAAACAUUUAAUUUGGGAGGUAUUUAAUCUGUUACAAGUCUUGAAAUCAGACAUAAACAAAUGCACAUGGCAAUAUGAUUACACCUUUCCAUUCAUGUGUAUGAAAUUGCACAAACUCCAAACAUAUCACAGUGCAUGUGGGGAUAGCACUUGCUGGCUCAGUCGAAGUGUCUGUCUGAGGGUCUAAUUAUCCCCUACAACCCUAAAGCUCACCUCUGGACCUUGAAGCCAGUUCCACUGCAUUUUCUAUAUGCUCCUCUCUAAUCAGGGACUGAUGUAGACCUGGGACACGAGGUGGGUGCAAUCAAGUAUCAGGUGGAACAGAAAACCAGCAGGCUCCGGACCUCGUAGGAGUGGUGUGAAGUGUCUGAGUGGGCCAUGGUGACUGCUAACCAGGCGCUGAAGGCAGUAGGCCUGUUCAUAGCUUAUCUACUGAAGUCCAUCACAGACCUGUUCCUCACCAAGCCUUUGUGGGCCAGCCUGAAGGUUCUGGAGGACACUGACCUAAGGGCCACCGGAGGAAUUCAUGAGACAUAUAAGGCCAAAGCUCUGUGGGAGAAGACUGGGGCCCGUGACCGGGGCAGUGAUCAUGGUGGUACGACGCCCUGGAUGCUUGUUGUGCAGAGAGGAGGCCAUUGAGCUGUCCUCUCUGAAGCCCCAGCUAGAGGAGUUGGGGAUCCCCCUCUUAGCCGUGUUCAAAGAGAACAAUGGCCAAGAGCUGGACGCCUUCAAGACAUUUUUUACUGGGGAAGUCUAUGUAGACCAAAAGAGAGCGUUAUACGGUCCUGUGGAGCAUUAUAUAUUCCUGUCUGCGUUGCUGCGUAUCGGGGUGUGGAGAAGCCUGUGGAGGGCCAAUAGGAAGGGCUGCACAGGAAAUAUAAUCAAAGGAGAAGGUCUUUUACUGGGGGGAGUGUUCGUCAUUGGGCCCGAAGAUCAGGGAAUUCUGCUUGAGCACCGUGAGAAGGAGUUUGGGGAUAAAGUCAACCCAAUUCAAGAUGGCUUGGCUACUGCGAAAUAGUUUACACAAACAGCUUAAAGUCACCAUGCAGUCUUUUUAAUUGUAUUUUUAAAUCAUCACUGUAUGUAUAAUACAUCACUGUGUGUGUGUUUAUUUCAUGAAAAUAACUCAAAAUAUAUUUUUCAUAAUUUAUUGUCCUUUUGCCAUUGAAAUACUCAGUCUGAUCAUGUGGGCAUGUUGAUACAAAUUUAAAUAUAUUUACAUACACUGCCCUAAUUUGCCGGAUAGGAUCGUCUGGACUAAAGAGCCUACCUAACUUUUAACGUGGGGCGAUUCCUAUUUUCCACUUAAUUUGUAUUUAGUGACACAUUUCCCCCCCUUUUUAGUGACAUGUUCACCCCCUGGUUUAAAAGCACAUGCACGAAUGGUUCUUUAUACAUUUAACAUGGUAGUUUUGGUUCUUUUAUGCAGGAAUGACUUUCCACUCACAUGUGUUAGCCUCUCAUUGACUAUGAGUAUGCACUUUUGUGUAAAAUGUAUAGUCUAUAGUGAAUGUAUUUGUGCUACUUCACAGUAUGUCUGUCAGUCUCUGUGCAUAGAAUUUUUACUUUAGAUUGUACUUUUUUCUGGCAUCCAUAAUCCUGUAGGUGAUUUAUACAUCAUUGAAAUUGACCCAGCAGAUCCACCCCCAAAACCAGCAGAACCUUUCCCUUUUUCAUUGUGCUGAACCUGUCCUGAUCUCAUCCCUGGACAUGUCCUGUCAACAGUGCUGUGUUGUCCUGUGUACUGGUCUCACUACUGUCCGGUUGUCGUCAUGGGACUGUGUGGGUGUUAAUGAAGGUCUGUGUCUAAACUCUGAAUGAUGAGAGCUCAGGGCUGAUGCUUACACACGCAGUCACACUGCUCAAUGGACAAAGAUUAGGCUCGCUACCAGGAAAAUGCAUGAACUGUUACAAGGCAUUUGAUAAUAAUAAAGUAUAUAUUUAUUCAACCUUUUA